AUGAUUGUUUAAAAUCUAUUUGAAAGGAAGUUGAAAAAAAUUUAACAGAGGAUAAUGGUAAGAAAAUAAAAAAAAUACUUUUGUAUUGCAUCCUUCCUCAUAAAUAUCUUAUAACUUAAUCGAUAGUUAAAAUGCAGUCUCCUCAACUUAUAUUAUGAUUAACAUUGUAAUUUUGUUGUAACUUUUGAUAAUUAAUCCAUCUAUAAUUUUAUUGAUAAUUAGAUAGGAUUGGGUUAUAUAAAUUAUACUUUAUUAAAUAUUAUAAUGCUUAGAUUAUUAGCAUGUACAAGGUAUAAAAAGACAUACAAAUACUUGUAAUGUUAUGAUGUUUUCAAAUAUGUUUUCUUAUCCUAAACCUCAUUUCCUAAUCCCAUCAUAUGGAUUGUUAAGAUCUAUAAAUGAUGAUAUAAAAGAGAGAAUGAAUUAUUAAAACUCUUUAUAAAGAAAGAUUCAAAUUUAUUUUAAUUUUAAUAAAUCCUUCUUAUUUUCUCAAAAACUCUAUUAAAUAAAUCUUAAAGAAUAUAUAAUAUCUAAUUUAGACGAAAUGAAUAUGAGACAUCAAAUUUUUAACAUUAGUUUAAUAAUAAUUCAAAUCUCUUCUUAUGUGAAUUUUCUAAUUAUUAAGUUUUAUCUGAAUUGGUCGAAUUAAAAUAACAGUUGUAUUGUAAUAAAAUGAUGCUGCCAUAUCCAAAGAAUUUGAGAAUUUAGGUUUUAAAUUUGAUCGAUUAAUUGCAAAAAGAGCCUUUGUUCAUUAGUUUGUAAAUGAAAGAUUAGAAUCAGAAGAGCUUAGUUCAACAAGAGAAGAUUUACCUGCUUUAAUAAAGGAUUAUUAAGACUUUGCUACUCCUAUAGUUUAAGAUUAAUUUGAUGAUAAGAUUAUUGAUAAUUAUUUAUUUAUGA